GAGCAGACGUAGCAGAUAUUUGUUGUCCUACGGAGCUUAAAGACUAUCUGUUCAGAGAUAGAAAAAGUAGUUGACAGUCGCUAACUCACUAAGAGAGGAAAUGGCGCAACAAGAAAUAAUCAGCUGUUCGAUCUGUCUGGAUCUACUGAAGGAACCGGUGACUAUUCCCUGUGGACACAACUACUGCAUGAACUGUAUUCAACGCCACUGGGAUGAUAAUCUAAUCUACAGCUGCCCUGUGUGUAGACAGACCUUUGCACCAUGGCCUGUCCUGGUGAAAAACACUAUGCUAGCAGACUUAGUGGAGGAGCUGAAGGAGACUGGUUCUGCUGAUCUCUGCUAUGCUGGAGCUGAAUAUGUGGGAUGUGAUUUCUGCACUGGGAGAAAACUGAAAGCUUUGAAGUCCUGUCUGCAGUGUGUGGCCUCAUACUGUGAGAAACACCUCCAGCCUCAUUAUGAAUCACCUGCCUUUAAGAAACACAAGCUGGUGGAGCCCUCCAAGAAGCUCCAGGAGAACAUCUGCUCUCGUCACAACGAGGUGAUGAAGAUGUUCUGCCGCACUGAUCAGCAGUGUAUCUGUUAUCUCUGCACUCAGGGUGAACAUAAAGGUCACGACACGGUGUCAGCUGCAGCAGAAAGGACUGAGAGGCAGAGACAGAUGAAGGGGAGUCAACAAAACAUCCAGCAGGGAAUCCAGGACAGAGAAAAGGAGGUGAAACUGCUUCGGCAGGAAGCAAAGGCCAUCAAUGGCUGUGCUGAUAAAGCAGUGGAUGAGAGUAAGAAGAUGUUCACUGAGCUGAAGCAGCAGGUCAGAUCCCAGCAGAAGAGUGAAAUGAGUCGAGUCAAAGAGCUUCAGGAGAAGCUGGAGCAGGAGAUCUCUGAGCUGAAGAGGAGAGAUGCUGAGCUGAAGAAGCUCUCUCACACAGAGGAUAACAACCAGUUUCUGCUCAACUACCCCUCUCUGUUACCUCUCAGUGAACCUAAACAGUUAUCCAGCAUCAACAUCCAUCCUCUGCGCUACUUUGAGGACGUGACAGCGGCUGUGUCAGAAAUCAGAGAUAGACAACAGGACGUCCUGAGGAAGACGUUGAACGACACUUCACUGAUGGUGAGUGAAGUGGAAGUUUUACUGCCACCACCAGAGCCAAAGACCAGGGCUGAAUUCCUAAAAUAUUCAGAUGAAAUCAAUUUUGAUCGAAACACAGUAAAAAGUGUAGACCUGGAAUACACAGACACAUUCACUUUUUAUUCUCAGAUCCUGAGUACAGAGAGUGUGACUGGCCGUUGUUACUGGGAAACGGAGUGGGGUGAUGGGAGGGGACUUUGUGUAGGAGUUACAUACAAGAACACCAGCAGAGCAGGGGGUCGGGAGGAAUGUUUGUUUGGAUUCAAUGAUAGUUCAUGGGGGUUAUAUUGUUUAAAUGACGGUUAUACCUUUUGGUACAACAACAUCAAAACUCCCGUCGCAGUUCCUCAGUCCAACAAAGUAGGAGUGUAUCUGGAUCACAGAGCAGGCGUUCUGUCCUUCUACAGCAUCUCUGAAACCAUGACUCUCCUCUACAGAGUCCAGACCACAUUCACUCAGCCGCUCUAUGGUGGAGCUAUGUGGUAAUUACAGUUCUAUUGGAGACACUGCUGAGUUCUGCAAACUCAAAUAAUCAUUUAAAGGUGCCAUAUGUUGUUCAUUUUCAGGUUCAUAUUUUUAUUUUGUACCUUUACUGGGACAUGUUUCCAUGCUUUAAUGUUCAAAAAGCUCUUUAUUUGUCUCAUACUGCCUGUGCUGCAGCACCUCUUUUCACCCUUUGUCUGAAACCAGAGCCCAGUCUGCUCUGAUUGGUUAGCUGGCCGGCUCUGUUGUGAUUGGUCAACAGCUUAGAGAUGUCCCGCCCCUUAGCCUAUCACGUACAAUGUGUUGGAGCGCUAGCCAAUAGUAGCGCAAACUAAGAAAAACUCCCUGCAGACCAUUGACAUGCACACAAACCUAUACGACACACUGAAGGAAAGAGAAACACCAAAAAGCAUAAUAAGGCCUCAUUAACCCUUGAACUCAUUUAUCUCAAUGUUUGCCGCUGACAGCUGAUUGUUGUGGCAUUUCUUCAGAUAUCAAUCAAACAUUAUGGGCUGUACUUUGACAUAUUGUCUUAAAUUGGUAUGUUGUAAAUGUUAGAGUUUAUUUAGUGUGUUUAGCUAUCACUGCUCAUGAUUAUGUUUGUUUCUCUGCAUGAAUAUUUACAUUUCUUUAUGCUCGAAAAUAUUGUUAAAAAUGGGUUUUCAUGUAUUUCUAUGUUGCUGACCCUCUUCCACUGCAUGGGUCUUAAGAGAAGAACUAGCAGAACUACUUCCUGGACACUUUGCUCUGUUUGUGUGCAUUUUUAAAAACAUCUUCAAUUACAUAGAUCUGUAAAUAUCAUGAUCAUAUUAAUCAGUAAUGAAUGAUUCAUUGUUCUUUUACAUAGCUGAGAUUCUGCUGUAUCAAAGUGAUUGUGUUGAUGAAAUCAUUAAACCAGU